UAUUAUGUUAGUGUUAACUUAUUAUUAUAACCAUGGACGAACCAAUGACGCCCCAAAUAUUCGAUAGGCUGACGUCAUGCGAUCCUGGGUUGGCAUGGGAACUGUGCAGGAACUAUGUAGGUUACCAGUUAUUGGGCCACGAAGCGGUUACCGUUCCAUUCCUAGACGAAGCUUAUCACUUUGUACCGUUCGGUGUGGUUGUUAAGAAAAGUAAAAAAUCGUCACACAUGGGAGGCUCAGGAAAAUCUUCUUACGCGAUAAUCGGUUCCUUGGCUAAUGUUACAGCGCCACAAGUGGACAAAGCUCCUUUUAAUCAAAGACCGGAAAAAGUCAACGAUUACAACUUUAACCCAAAGUUCGUAUAUCGGAUAUCAGGAAUGAAGGACGGAGUGAAAAAGGCGAUUAAGAUCAAAAUAAGCGGCAGUGAAUGUUAUGACGUGUCACUAAGUAUGGAGUUGGGAAGGUUGGUUUUGGACAAAAGAUUACCGUCGCUAGAUGGCGUGAAAAAGCUUUUCGUGAUUUUUGAAGUUUUCUACGCGCAGUCAGUCAGCGUUAGUGUUACUAUAGGAGAGCACAUACCAGGGCACAAGUAUAUGGAUACAAACAACAGAAAGUUCACACACGACAGACGAAUGCCCAUCGGAUUUAACGCACAGAAGUUUCCAUUGAUGUCAAACGGUUGUGUGGGGUUUGUGGAAAAGUCGUCGUUAGAGGGCCUCAGAGAUGGCAGGUGGAAACGGUGAGCGUGUUCAACACAGACUGGGACGCAGCUAUUCCGUAUUUUAAUCAAUUCAAUCGCUUUGUUACGUUGACAACGUAUGAACGCAUGAUAGCACUAUACAAUGAAGUUGCAUUUUCCCGAACCGAAACACGGGGUAUUUUAGAUGUUGGCAAACGGCAAGAGACAAAUUAAUAAGCGAAUGCGACACAGCGGCGUACAUUGGUGUUUCGUGUUUAUAAUAGAGCCAAGUUUUCUGUGGCAGACAACUUAUAACCCAUAGGUAACCACUGGGUUGAAGCAAUUAUUGUUAAGCGUCUUGCCCAGAGACACAUACAAAUAUUGGUAGCAGCGACGAGCCUGGUAUACCUUCUGGUUC